CGGCGACCCCGGAAGCAGCCGUGGGCGUCGGGGCAGGCCGGAGCCGAUGAGGCGAGGCAGCUGAGCGCAGGUGCUGCGUGCCAUGGCGGGGACGGCGCUGAAGAGGCUGAUGGCCGAGUACAAACAAUUAACACUGAAUCCUCCGGAAGGAAUUGUGGCAGGCCCCGUGAAUGAGGAGAACUUUUUUGAGUGGGAGGCACUGAUCAUGGGCCCUGAAGACACCUGCUUUGAGUUUGGUGUUUUUCCUGCCAUUUUGAGUUUCCCACUUGACUACCCAUUGAGUCCUCCAAAGAUGAGAUUCACCUGUGAGAUGUUUCAUCCCAACAUCUACCCCGAUGGGAGAGUGUGCAUCUCCAUCCUGCACGCACCGGGCGAUGACCCCAUGGGCUACGAGAGCAGUGCGGAGCGGUGGAGCCCCGUGCAGAGUGUCGAGAAGAUCCUGCUGUCGGUGGUGAGCAUGCUGGCAGAGCCCAACGAUGAGAGCGGGGCCAAUGUGGAUGCUUCCAAGAUGUGGCGAGAUGAUCGAGAGCAGUUUUACAAGAUUGCCAAGCAGAUCGUACAGAAGUCUCUGGGGCUUUGAGCCGUGCACACCCCGAGCUGUCCUAGAACACUCAGCAAGCAGUACUGCCCUGCCCUGGCCUGGCACCAGCACUGGCAAACUGCAGAGCCACAGCACCCAUUGUUUCCUUUCCACCCCAGACCGGCGGCUCCCCUGAAAUGACCACUGAAAUAAUGACAGCUGCUGCGCAUUGGUGGCCUCCUCCCGCGCUGCUUCAGGGAGGGGUCCAGGCUGUCAUUACUACCUCUCCUGGCCCUAGCAGGGUCCUGGGCUCUGCUCCUUUUUGCAGCACGGAGGGUCUCCAGGGAUAGAGGGAUACCAGUGAUGUUCCUUCUGAAGAUAUGGGGGCUUGGGCACAAGCAGUGGGAAGCCAAGGCUCUGUGGGUCGCAUUAUUUCCACCUUCCAGUCUCUGCGUGCUCUGGGAGGCGUUAACACUUACGUUGCAAGCAGAGGCUGUUCUCGCGGCCCAGUGGCAGUGCUGCGCUUGUGCGUCUGCACCGCCACACACGGACAUCGUCUUCGGAAAUGCCCUGUAAGUGCAGACGCUGAGCAGAAGGUGGUUGCUGCCUGCGAAGUUCGACGCUUUCCUGUUGCUUGUUAGAGCUUUGCACGUGCGUCCAGUGGCUGGUGUGCUCACGGUGGGAAGGAACUGCCACAGUCCAGUGAAUCCCUUGCCUGGGACCCGUUGUGAUACUUGGCUUUUAACUGUGCAUUGUGGCUGCACCACAGUUCACUGUUGGCACACAGUCAUUCUUCACUGUCGGGGCCGGAAGAGAAUCUGCCCUUAGGUGCUCACAGUAGAAAGGUGCCAUACGCUGUACUGGACCUGUCUGGGCUGAGCUGCAUCGUGGGCUAAAGGUAUAGAGAGCGUGUUUUCCCAUCUGUGGCUUCAGUGUGGUUCAGGGUCUCUAACAGCAAAAGCAGUAACAGAUCUGUCACAUGUAAAGUAGAUGGUUGGCCUGUGCCAGACAGCUUACUUUGAAUGUAAGUUCUAUUUUACAGUAUCGGCUUUUUUCUCUCUCAGUGUAUGUCCAGUGGCAGGUUGCCAUCCACAGAAGCCUCACACUUGGUGGCGUUAAUGGUUCUGGAUGUGUCAGGCUUCUGUGGGAACCUUGUGCUUUCCAUGUGGCUUGCAGUGCAGGCUGGUACUUGGCAGGUGCGGGAGGGGAGGGCCGUACCAGCAUAGCAUUUACAGGCACCCCUGAGUUGCAGCCUUAUCUGUAGAGUGAAAAGAAUGGUCUGUGACAUAGAUGGCCAUGUCACAGGUCACUCAUGGACUUGGCAGGUGGGGGAGGAAGAGAUGCAGUCUCUUUACAAAAUAAAGUAUUUUUAUUCAUUUGUAUUUAUUAAACAAACAAAAAAGAACCCUAUGGUGUCCCUCUUCUGCGGUGGAAUUUAAUUACCAUGUUAAAAAAUAAAGUUGUAUAUACCCCUGCC